AAAGUACAAGAAUAUAUAUGCUAUGUUCAUAUCUACUGUAGUCAUUGUAGGUACAGGAAUAUAACUAUCCUCAUAUCUACUGUAGUCAUUGUAGGUACAGGAAUAUAACUAUGCUCAUAUCUACUGUAGUCAUUGUAGGUACAGGAAUAUAACAAUGCUCAUAUCUACUGUAGUCAUUGUAGGUACAGGAAUAUAACUAUGCUCAUAUCUACUAUAGUCAUUGUAGGUACAGGAAUAUAACAAUGCUCAUAUCUACUAUAGUCAUUGUAGGUACAGGAAUAUAACUAUGCUCAUAUCUACUACAGUCAUUGUAGGUACAGGGGUAUAAUCAUGCUUAUGGUAUCCAGUCUUUAUUGAUUAAUUUGUCAGUGGUGAUAGCUUUUUAUUACCUCUUUAAUCUCAUUCCCAUGGCCUGUUACUGAAAAAAAAAUUACAGUGCAUUUUACCAUUGCUUUUUGCUCAUAUUACAAAUGCUGCAUCUUGUUCACCAUUUUGAUGGUGAUAAAAAGAUGUCAAGAUUACAGUUUUGUUAGGCCAGUUAUUUUUUUCAGACCAGUUUACUUUGUAUGGUUUUUCUGAGUACAACAAGGAAGAAAGUCUGUUUUGUGUACAAUGGAAAUAAGUCACUUUGACUUUUUAUGGGGUUAUCCUAGGUAAUUUACACUGUGUAUGAUAAUUGUACUUACGUGUACCUGUUCCUAAAUAAAACUUACUUGCAAAUGAUGAAGGGUUGAGCCUCCACCACUUCUUGCUCUGAAAAUAAUAAUCAUACUAAUCAUCAUAAAAAUAUAGCAGUAAUUUUCUAGUAUACCACACAUCCCACAAUAGCCAAUCUUGUGAGCCUGGCCACCACUGGAGGGAGAUGGACUUGCCUCUUUGUGCAAGAGUUGCUUGGAGGGAGAAAAGAGGGAACAGAUUGAUAUCAAUAACUGGAAGAAUGUGCGAGGGCCUCGUCCAUGGGAAGAGCAAAAUGAACAGCACCAACAAGUUCCGCAGCAAGCAAAGAAGAGCCAGGAGAACUAAAAUAUAGAAUAACUGAAAAAUACAGUACUGAAAUUCUUAGUUACAGUGUAUAAUAUAUGACAUUUGUAGAACAUUAUGCGGUAUAUAUCUUAAAAGCUGUAAUUAUAAUUAAUUCUAUAUAAUUUUAAUCCUCUAAUACUGUACAUAGAAAGCACAUGAAACUAUCUAGUCUAAGGGAAUGAGUGUAAAUAUUGAUCAAAUACAGGCACAUGACUAAUGAGACUUUUAUUGACGUGACCUUAAAAUACAUUUGGAAGGUGUUUGAUUUUGCUUUUGGUCAGUGGUGCAGAAAUAAUGUACAGUGUCUUUAUAUAACAUUUUGAACAUGACAGAAUUUGUGUAUUAUGGAGCUGAAUUUUAUAAAUAUACAAUAUGAGUGCAUAGAACUGUUCAUAAUUGUGAAGAAGGAAUAAUUAUUUUGAAUACCCCAAUAACCAUAAAGGGAAAUCUAGAAUUGGACAUGAACUAUUAAUCUUUGUGAUAUUAUUAAAUGUGAUGGUGUGGAUAUAGUAGUCAAAAUGCGUCGGUCAGCAAUCCUGGCCCCUUACGUCCCAUUAAGUGUGGAAGAGUUGGAAGCUGUCCGCUCAGUAAAAGAAUGGAAGUCAAAAAAAGUGAGAGCUGUUGGUCAACUGACAGAAAUUUCUGCCAAAACAGCCGUGUUGGAAUCAGUAUCUGAUCCUGACGAAAUGUGUAGUAUUUGGGUAUAUGUUGGAUCAAUAUCUCGACGCAAGCUUAAGGAAAACACUCAAGUUGCUGUUUAUGGAGAACUUACUAUGAUGCACGGCUGCGCAACUCUCAUGGCAGAAGUUGUUCGUCAAUGUCCUGACACAAAUUUGGAACAUUAUAAUAAGGCUGUGGAAUUGAUUCACAAGCGCUUCCCACACAACCUCAAGUGACGCUGCUCUCAUUGAAUGUUCUCACUUUUAGCAGCUGGUAGGACACCAG